GCAUAGUUACAAGGCUCCAAGCGACGCCCACAAUAGCUUGCUGUAGCCCGCGUAGCGAUGUUUUGGUUUAAACGCUGGUUUGUAGGCCUGGUAUUUGUUUGUCCGACGUGAGCCACACACUUUUAAAGAAGAAGAUACUCCUGUAAAGGUAAAAAAAGGCGUAUUGAGUGGUUGUUCGACGCGUAAGGAAUGCUAUCCUACAGCCAAAGUAAGUUCGCUUACUCGGUCACUGUGUCUAUGUUUAGUUAGCUCAAUCUCUGCUGGCGUUCAAACUCCACUUUUGUGUUUUCGUUACAGGUGUUAACACAAACUUUGCCUUGUAGGGUGUCUUGGUUGGUAUAUCCCUUUCUUAGAUUAGAUAAGAUUAGUUUAGAUUAGAUACAACUUGAUUUAUCCUUUUGGGAAGGUUCCCGCAAGGAAAUUCUUGUCUUAUUUUGUCUAAAUCUCGCACCAUGAGCUACAGAUGUUACAUAGGGACAUGUUUUUUUUUUUUUAUUGAACUUGAAUGUUAUAGCUUUUAGGCUGCAUAACAUGAUUAGCAUUUCUUACAUUUUUGUCUUCGUGUUUAUUCCAAUUUUUUCGUGGUUGAUUAAAGACAUUUUAAAUAAUGGUGCUCAAGUUUACAUUAUUAUACUGGAGGAAAUCUGCAGACUUCAUACUGUGGGCCAAUAAUAAUACAAAUAUGGUAUGAUCUUGUGGGUCAGAUAUAAUUGUUUCACUGGCCAGAUUUGGCCCCCGGGCCUUGAGCUUGACACCUGUGGUCUGUAGCAUCAGUCCAGAGGAACCUAGGAGACUCAAAAUAUUACCAGUAAAAAUUGAGCUGCAUGGAUUGUAAACAAAUUGUUGAGAUGGAUUGAAACAAGAAAAAAACUGCAUCGCUCUAACCUUUAAAUGAUUUACAUAUCAAUCUUUUUCAUUUUCAUACAGGCCGCUGUGUGAGGAACACUGCCAUGUCUAACCUCAGCGAACUGGAUGGUGAAGUAGAUCAUUCAUAUUUUGACAGUGACUGUGAUGAUAGCAGCAACAGUAAAGAUGUUGGAAAUACUUCAGAUAAAGUCUUAACUGACAGCAGCAGUGAAAGUGAGGAGGACAUUCAUUUGUGCUCUCAAAGGCCAAAUAGGACAUCAUCAUCUCUGUCUGGUGAGAGCAAAGAGGGAGAUUAUAGUGGGGGAGACUCCAAGAGCUCCUGUAGCAGUGUCCAAGAGAGAAGUAGUUCAGAGUCUUCCACCCUUCCCAGGCCCAAGAAGACUUCUUUAUCCCCAGGAGGGAGAAGGACACAAAUGGGCCUGGGAGGAACUCCGGGUGGGCCUGUUUACCAAACAGAGGAGUCUGAGGACACAGUGACGGAUGUGAGCCCCCUUUCCUCCCCUGACUUCAGCCCUCGGCAGUCAUUGGAGGCAAAUCCCAGAGAGGAUGAGGAGAGAACCCUCACAGAGCAGCAGCAGCAGCAGGAGGAGGAGGAGGAAAGUGUGCCAUCUAGUGGCCUUAGCAGUGCACAGCAAGACGAGGACUCUGAUCAGGACAGUGAUAGUUGUGAGUAAUUUUAAAUGUCUUUCAGUCUGCCAUGGUAUUUUUGCUUAAUGCCUGUAGUUCCAUCUCCUUUUUGGCUUCUGAUUUUAUUUUUCUUCUAUGAAACAGCAGAUGCUUGCAAACCCACAUCAUAAUAUAAUGCUAACAGAUCACUGAAAAGGUCAUGUUUAUCAACAAUCCUGAUUUAAAAGAUUUUUUACUAUAUUAAAUGAUUGCAAAAUAUACCUUUGCUAACAGUAAUCUGCUGUAUGAGAGAUCUCAUUCUCUGUUUACCAGGUCGACCAAUUGGACUUAUCCUUAUAAUUACACACCCUUCUUUUGUGCAAAUUUCUGAUAUUGCAUGAAUAUAUAAACUUGCAAAAAUUGUCUUCAAUAACGAACAGGCUUCCUCGGAUCAGGGAGUCAAUUUGGAGGUGGACUGGUCUUCCACAAGUACAGGGGGAGUCGCAGGAAGAACUACUCGUUCACCAAUGAUCAGGUCCGAGGAAUUGAUCGAGAAAACCAACGGCUUCUUCGGGAACUUUCACGCUUUACUGCAGGGCCUAGACCAGGAAGUGCAGCAGGGAAGAAAACUCAUACAGCCAUGAACUCACAGCUGGUUCGCCCCUCUCACAGCGCCCUCAACAGGCAGCGAGGACAACAACGCAUUGCGAGGGAGAACCUGGUAAGUUUCACCUUCUGUGUGCAUCCACCCUCUUUACCAUAAUAAACGUAGCCAUAGCAUACACUCCGAUACAAUACAUUCAGAUUACUACAUUUUGUUACUUCUGAUUAUUGUACUGCUUCAAAAAACUACCCAUGGGACUGACAGAAAAUCUCUCUGUUCUGAAUGUUUGAGGUUUUAGCUGUAUCCAAAUGUUUUAGAUGUUUUGGUAAUCCUGAUAAGAGUGUGCAAUUUCCAGACUUUAACAUAAGGAACAUAAGGAAUGCAAUUUAAGCUUCAUUUGUUGUUCACACUUUAGGUCCGGUGGCAGUUCUAGGGCAAACUUGAAAAAUCAUGUGUGAUUUAUUGCGCUGACUUCUAUACCCAUGCAGUUCACCAUCUAUCUAUGAAGUCCAUGUCAAAGUCACUUCUGAGGUCUUUUUCACAUGGCAUGUGUCCCUGUUUAUGUCUUUACAGAGACAAAUAGUUUCUCUGUGUAAAUCUGGCAACAAGUUUUUAUUUAAACCGCAUCAUACUUUCCUCUUUAUGAUAGCAGCACAUAUUUUGAUAAAAUAUACAUGACCAUUUAAGCUGGCUUCUCAAUAACCACUCUAUAAUUUUUCAUUUUUUUUUCAUUUUUCACUUUCUUCAAAAAGGACAAUGAACCCACCCAACAUUUAGCUUCUCGUCACUGUAGAAAAACAGACAUUUUCCAAGAGACUUCACAUGCAAGAAGAAUAAAUAAUCGGUCAAAAUUGUCCCCAAGAUCCCUUUUGGGAACCUAAACCUGUGCUACUUUUGUAAUUAAAACUAUUUUGCAGUUUUCUUCUGCUUUCCCUAAAUUUCUUAAAGGUAGUAAGUAGUGCGAAAGGCUGUCAUAGUGAGUGGUUGUCAGAGGAAGAGGGCCUCCCCUGAAAGCAGACACGGGUGGACUUGGACAGAUGGCAGCAGGUGGCAGACUUGCAGCAGCACCACAGAGUGACAUUAUAAGACAGAUCAGCCUGUUCAGCUUUAGCCUCUCACAUCAAUAUAUCUACUUGACCAAGCUUUGAAUGCAACCAAGGGUCAGAGACAAGCAGGAGAGUGUAAAAAUGAUCAGAGAGAACUAUUAAUUAGCUGAGUGCAAUAUGUCAGAUUUUUGAUAUGAAACUAGAGAACUUCAAAUAUUUCCUUCAUUAAUGUUGACAUGUUUAUUUCUGGUAUCUUCUGACAAAAGAUCUUGAUUGUUGUGGGAAAUGGGCUCCGAUCGUUUUCAGGACAGACUGUUCUUUCUCAGAAGUCUAUCUCUGUGUUGUCAGGAGUGCUUUUCUGUGCCUUAUCUAUUCUUGGGGUGCAGUAAUUGAAUCUGCCUUGUGAUCAGUGUACCCAUCCCACACAUCAAUGUGUAAGACAAGAUGACAAAGUUGUUGAAAUGUCAAGAUUGGUUAAUUGCACAAAAUAUAUUACACAUGUAACACUCCUGUUUGUUUCUGAUUUGGCCGGCUGGGUUUUGUUUGAAGAGAUUUCAGAAGUGUUGGUUGAAAUGCAGAAAGGGUUUCAGACUGACUGCUAUGAAAGGACAGCAGUGCCUGUUUACAACCUUUUAGAGAACCUUGAAUCUUUAGCCCUUCAAUGCCUGAAACCACAAAUUAUGGCCAGAAAAUUCAAUUUUUCUUGGAGCUGAAAUGUUUAUUUCACUUACUACUGAAAACCAAAAAAAAAAAAAAUCAAAAUGUCCUUAAAAUGUAACAAGCCUUUUUGGAAACUGAUAAACCACAAGAGGACAUUUUUCGGACUAUAUUCAGGUUUUUUUUAGGAAUUUGUUGAUCAUAUUGAUUUGAUAGAAGUUACCUAAAAGUAUGUAUCAAAUAUGAUACAAAGGGCAUUAAAGGGUUAGGAAAAACUUUUUUGACUUAUAGGCAUUCUUUUGUUGCACUGCUUCAUUUCAGCUCGUUAAGGAUUUUUUUUGCACAUGAGGCAUGCAUAAAGCUUUUACACUGAUCACAUCUACGAUACGACCACAUCUCAACAUAUUCAGAUGUUGAGCCCAUGAACUUUAACAGUGCACUAUGAGUGUUUACAUCAUAUUUUGAAUGAUAUCUUGCCGGGUAAAAACUCUCAACUUUGUUUAUGCUAGGCUAUCCUGAAAAGACUGGAGUCUGUCAAAGUUACACCUGGACUAAAGCGCUCACAGCAACUGGAAGACUACCAACGACUGACUUCAUACCAGAGAAAUCCUUCUUACCCCGUCUGUUUGUCUACAACAAAGGAGAGGUCUUCCAGCAAGACACCUUCAGGUUUGAAGCUUAAUCAUAUUCAAAAUAAGUGAUUGAAUAUCUGUGCAUACAUGGUGUGCAGCCAUUAUGAAACUAUACAACCACAAGGCAAGAGGAUGUGAAUAUCACUUUAAGGCAUCUUGUGAGGUGUUUGCACAGCUUAAAAGCAUCUGUGCAUCCUAGCAGAGCAUUCAUUUCAAGAAGAACACAGUCACACCAGCAGUACAGUCAUUUUGUAGCAGCCUGGUGUUGUGGGUUUGUGUUCAUCUAAACAAGAUAAACAAAGAGGAUCAGCAUGUGGCACCACUCUGCAACAUUCCUGUCGGAUUGAAUGCUGCAGAUUUGUCACAAAGUAUUUGAUCUGCUGGCUUCAAAUGGCUAUAGCGAUUUGACAAAGAGAAGGAGACGAUUGUCCAGCUAUAAAAACAGCUGUGGAUGACAGAAAACUGGUAAGAAUCCCCCAUUCAUGCUUUGGUGUCCCUCUUGUCACAUUGAAUGUUUUUUAAUUUUGAUUUAAAUAAACACAGGUUUAGUAGUUUUGAAUGGUUCCUUUAGCUACACCCUGCAAUAUUGAUAUACCCAAUUAUUUUAUAAUUGAAAGUGAAAAGGGGGUUUGUGACAGAUAAAAUGUAUAAAUGUAAAAAUUUAAGUUGUAUGUUCCUCCAUGCACAAAACUUUUUAUGUUGACUGCACAUCUGUCAUAUAUCAUCAAUAACUAUCUUUCUGUUGUCCACAUCAGCAGGUCCUCGGCCAAUCAGCUCAGUCCAUCACAGCCCCAGAUCAGUGUCCACCAGCCCAGACUCCAGAAACACACCCACUGUGAGGUCGAAAAAAACAAGUGCUGCCCGACCUGCUUGGUGCUGAUAUUACUGUAAGCAUCUGGUCUAUGAAAAAUAAAUAAAUAAUCUGCACGUUCCCUUCUGAAGUUGGUUUUACAGUUGUUGGUUUCCACCCAAUGCCAGGUGAUCAGUUUGGAGGGGGCCGUGCGCAAAGAUUUUAUACAUGCAUAGAAUCAGUGUAUCUUUAGCUGAGUAACUCAACCAGUCAGUGCUUGAACUGUCAGGCUGAUCAUUAAACAGAGACAACUGGGGCAGAAAUAAUGCUAAGUGUGCUCAAAGCUAAAAGCCAUUGUAAAUUAUUUAGGCAAAGCAAAGCAAGUUUAUUUAUAUUGCAUUAUUUAUACACAGGGCAAUUCAAAGUGCUUUAUAGAGGCAAGCAAAUGAAAAAAAGAGAUUAAAACAAUUUAAAUUCAAUAAAACAAAAACAAAAAUUUCAUUUGUACUUUGUUUGCCCUGAUUGUUUACAAAAGCCUUUGUUUCCCAGAAAAAUGAAACAAGUCAUAAGCUUGUCAUAAGCUUUUAGACCCGGAGCUCCCCAGCACUCAGCCCGAGUCUCCAAGACUCAACAGGUCUUCAGACCUCAGUGCACAGUGGGUCCCUGACCCAGGGCUCCCCAGCCUUUCACCUCUUCUACCCUUUACGUUAGUUAGGUCCCUAUUUGGUUUUUAUUUCCCUGGAACAGAGGAAGCAUUUGGCCACUUAAAAUCAAUCAAAUAUUAAAAUGUAAUUUAAAAUCGUUGAACAGUUGAAAAUGACAGAAGAGCUGAUAUUGAAGUGGAAGUCAAAGAAAUUGAUGCUAAAGGAAAAGCUGCAGUAAACAGUCAUGUUUUCAGCCCUGAUUUGAAUGAGCUGACAGUUUAUUUAUUAAUGAGUAUUUUCUGAAUAUUGCAGUAACCCUUUAGUUAUCAACUUUCCCCCAGUUGCACUUUUAUUGAUUGUGACUAAAUAAAUAGUUUACAAUGAACCAGCAAGGUUCGUUCUUUCUUUUUUGAUGACAUCUUUAUCCUCAUGUUUACAAUGUGUGAUCUGCUGCAUAUUAAUUUGAUAAAUAAAUAAACAAACCAAUGUUACCUUGGUA